CAAGUCUUUUACCGUUCUGGGGACCAUAGUCUCAGCUAAAGCGAAGAAUCCGAACGUGGUAGGAGCGCCCUCUUCUGGACGAGCCUGAUGUCUAGGAGUCCGGAGCAUCUGCCACCAAGAGGGGCUGCGUACAGAGCUAGAGUCCAGCGGCUGUGACCAGAAAGCUGGGGGCGUGAGCGGUCCUGGUUCAGAGCGUGAAACAUGGCGGAGCAGAGUGCCUCUGGCGGCGGCGGCUCGGGGGGCAACUACUGUGAGGACGAGGGUGACGACCACGUGCUCAAGGCGGCUGUAGAGGUGUUCGAGAAGCUGAAGGGUCUAAACUGCCCCUUCCUCGAUGGUCUAUAUAUCACAGAACCAAAAACGAUUCUGGAGCUGCUAUGUAGGCCCUCGAAGUACCGACUGGACAUAGUGGAAUGGAUGUGUAUACGGGCCUGUCCGUCCUUCCAGGACAAGUUCAGCUCACUGAAAGGAGCCUCGAUGGAUGUGAAAAUCCAGGAGAUGACGAAACUAGGCCAUGAGCUGAUGCUAUGCAUGCUGGAUGACCAGAAUCUUCUGAUGGGCCAGGAGCAUCCCGAGAAGCAGCUGAACUUCAUGGACCAGUUGCUGGAUGCAGUGCGGAGCUUAGCUGCUGGAUGCUCCAGUAGCUCUAGCCUGAAGGAACACUUUGAGGAUACCACAGAGAAGAAUGAGGCCUUGCUGGGGGAGCUUUUCUCCAGCCCCAACAUGUGGAAGAUCCUGAAACCUGAGAGUGACCCAUGGCCCCUGGACAUUCAGUCUGUUCUCGACAAGCCAAGUGAUGACCUGCCAAAGGCUGGCACUUCUGCCGAGUCAGAGGGGGAGAAGGUGGCAGACCUGGCCAGGCAGCUGCAGAGUAGCGCUACCAAGCUUCAGACACUCCGGAACCAGUGCUUUGCACAGUAUAAAGCAGGAAGCAAUGCCAGCACCAUAGACCAGAAGCUCCGCCUGGUAAUCUCUGACUUCUACCAGCUCGUUUUGGCUUUCCUGCAAGUCUACGAUGACGAGCUGGGCGAGUGCUGCCAGCGCCCACUACCCAGCGUGCACCCGAGUGGCCCCAUUGUCCAAGCUGUGUAUCAGACUCUGGCUUCCUGUGGCCAACUGUUGAGAGCAGUCAUGGAGGUCACUGACACCUCUGCGGAAGCUAUGGAGGCAGCAAGGAGACAGCAAGGCGAGCUGAACUACUGUGGCAGUAACAACUCCGGAAUGAGUCUAGCUGCCAGAAUUGAUGAGGUAACACAGAAGUACAGGAUCCUCACCGACAGCCUGCACAAAGGCACAAGAUAAUAUCAGGGCAGAAGGUCCUCCUUGGAGCUGCCAGGAGGAGCAGUUCCUGUCAUGUCCGGUGUGGCUCUCUGUUUGCCUGGUGCCUUCAGGGAGAAGGAGGGAAGAAAGGAAGGAGGGAGGGAGGUAGAGAAGGGCAGAGAUGGGGAGGACACAGGAGCUGGAAAUAAAGCUGAGGCUCUGAGAA